GGUGGCUCCGGCUCGCUUCACGGACCGCCGCCCAACCACGACAGGGCAGCGGUCAAGGACCCAAAUGACUUAGAUUUAGAGUCUAUCUUUUUACAAGAGUUGUCGGGCUGGGCUUCUUCUUGGAACCCAGUACCUGAUAAGCCCAUAAAAGAUCUUGCGCCCACUGACAAGGAUAGGGCGACGUUUGUCCUCACCAAAGCCCAAAUCGAGAGAUUGAAAACUUGGGUUUCAGCUCGAGCAGUAAAUGACGAAGAGUUGGGGCCGUUGCGAUUGUCAGCAUUCGUUGUUACAUGCUCUCUCAUUUGGGUUUGCAUGAUCCAAUCAACAGAGAGCGAAUUAGGGAAUGGUAAUGCCAUUUGUAAUUUUGAAGCUGAUAAAUCUGAUGAGCCUUGCUACCUUGUAUUCGCAGCAGAUUGCCGGAACCGCCUCAAGGAUCCAAUACCUUUCACUUAUUUUGGGAACUGCAUCGACAUUUGUGUAGUAGAAUUGAAGAAGAAUGAAAUUCUGAAACGUCACAGUAUUGUUGGAGUUGCGAGAGCUAUUGGCGAGCGAGUGAAGGAGUUUGAGAGUGAACCGUUGAAAACGGCUGACAAGUGGUUCUCAGCAUGGAGGAAAUGUGAAGAAUCGGGACGCCGUUUAGCCAUUACAGGAUCGCCGAGAUUAAGGGUUUACGAUACAGAUUUUGGGUGGGGGAAGCCCCAGAAGAGUGAGAUUCUCAAUGUUGACUCUUCUAGGUUAGUUUGUCUGCAGGAAUCUAGAGAUGGGAAAGGUGGGAUUGAAGUUGGUUUGGGACUUACUAAGACUCGCAUGGAUCGCUUUGUCGCCAUGUGGGAUGCAAAUUUGAAGCUCUUCUGUAGUUAACUUCUGUGGCUCGAUUUUCUUGAAAUAUCGUUGGUUUUUCUUCUUUAUGCCCAAUAUUAUUGGAAUUUAUGUUGUUAGCUGUUUGAUGAAUGAAUAACUUAGAUUAGUCCU